CAGAGCUAGCGUAGCACGACAGCAUGGGAGAUGGCAGUAUUACUCCCAGGCUCGGCAGCAUGAGGGCGUUGCUUGGUAUAGUUGCCGGAGCUGGAGCUUCCUACGGGAUAUAUAAACUUAUCAGCGGGGGGAGUUUAAAGAGAAACAAGAAGAGUCCCAACAGUGAAAAUUCUAGUGUCAAGAGCAGUCAACCUAGUGAAGCUGUCCUAAAGCCGGGGAGCCUCUUGGCCAAAGUGUCUGGGCUAGAUGUUGUCUGUCCCCGACCUGUGGAUGUUGCGUCAGGUGACAUUACUCACCAGUCUCCUGGCAACCUGGAGCCACAGCACCUGAAAAUGCUGCUGUCAUGUCUGCAGACCAAUCCGUCUGACAGAUGUCAGAUCCUACUUACUCUUGGAAAUGCUGCUGCCUUCACUGUGAACCAGAAUUUAAUACGGGAAUUUGAAGGGAUUCAUAUCAUAGCUGGUUUCCUUUCUGAUCCUGCAGCAGAGGUUAGAGUACAGACUCUGAACGCUUUAAAUAAUCUGUGCAUGAACAUCCCAAACCAGGAACAAAUAAAGGUUUAUGUGCCACAAGUGCUGGAACUGAUUGAGAUGUCACCAGUGAAUUCUGACCUUCAACUUGGUGCUCUCAGGCUAUUGACAAACCUUUCAGUCACAGACAAACAUCAACACUUGCUGAAAGACUCAGUUACACUUUUACUGUCUCUGCUUGUUGUGAGCAGCGAAGCAUUACAGGUUCAAGCUUUGAAAGUCCUUGUGAAUUUGUCAUCUAAUCCUGAUAUGAUAGAUGACAUUGUUCAAGCUCAGGCACCAGCUUCUGUUGUCCUGCUGUUUGAUGCACGAACAGCCCCUACAGUGCUUUUGCGACUGUUAACGUUUGCAGGGAACUUAAAGGCCUGGAGGCCCUCGGCCCAGGUGGCUGGUGAACUGAGGCAGAAGCAGGAUUGCCUCUUCCGAGUCAUGUUAGAUGAAUCCUCACAGCUUCACAGCAGACUGGUUCAGCUGCUUUCACACCCUGAUGGGGAGAUUCAGGCCCAGGUGGCUCGUAUCUUGACAUAGACCUCCCUCUCCGCACUCCUAUUCCAUCCACAGCUUUUGCUUCCACACACUUUCCCAAAGCCGUCACCCUUCAUGUUAAAUUACAACUCUGUUGACAUCAGCUUUACAAAAGAGCAGGCUGUGUAUCCUCCUGUGGAUACUCAGCUUACACUCUGACAUUCUCAUUUUCCCUAGAUCAAUAUUAUUACCACACAUAACUAAAUGAUCUAUUCCACCUCCGCCAGCCACUCUUCCCUGAUUCCCAGUUACUUACUACAAUGAAUUGGUGAGCAAUGAGCGAGCAGGAAGCAGGAAACACCACAUGUUCAGUAGAGUGUAAAAACAGGCCACCUCUUCCUGUUGUCUUAUUGCCAAGAGUUUUCUUCUCAUUGCCAGAGACUUUCUACAGUGUCCUUUCAUUUCAGAAUGUCACCUAAUUUCUCUGAAGAUAUUUCCAAGGUGAAAUUUUUGAACCCAAACCCACUGCCAACAUUUUUUAGAGAUUAUGUUUGUACAACCCAACUUAUUUCCCCUUCAGUGGUUCAGAGAGACACUUAACUGGAGAGGAUUCAUGCUGUACACCUCAGCAUGCCUUGGAGGUGUGAAUGAAUGGACGUACCGCAGCUCUAGUUCUUGCUAAUGUAUCAACAUGUUGGAUUUAAAAGUCAUACCCUUAUUCUAAUGAAAGUAAGAAUUGUUAUUUAUGUAUUUAAUUUGAUAAGGUGCAUUGUAAUUUUAGACGAGCCAAAGUGAGGUUAUCCUAUGGGGAGGGUGCCCCCACCUUCUGUGAUUCUCUGACAAGAGGGGUUCAGUGCAUCAGGAAGAAGUUCAAACACUGCCUCCUCCAUUAAGAGCGAAGCACUGCAGAGAGAUAGUUCAGGUGUUUGGGAUACUUUUGAUUUCUCAGCUGAUCUACAGCCACCUGCAAAUUCUUCAGGGAGGGGCUGGAGGAAGUUGCUGCAGAAAAGGAUGUCUGGCUGGUUUAUGACUAGCACAACAGUCAGGCACAUAUGCAGCCUAAAAAUAAGUGUAGGAGUGGUUGACCCUGGACAAAAGAGCCUGCAGUAAUGAUAAUAAUUGUAUGAUUGCUGUAUGCACUGUAAAAAUGUUAUGCAUAAAAUGUCUGAUGAAUGAUAACAGUGACUGAAUGUUAAAUAGAAGACUUGUUAUGCUUAUUUAUGCACUGAUAACAGAAUAAGACAGACGUACAUGUUGUCUGGAGGACUGGAUCUAUGGCCCAUCUACUAACCUGUUAAUUAAACCCUAUUUAGAGAAAAGAGUAUGAGUGUAGGUGCAUACCUGUAAUAUGCAUGAAAAUGUGGCAAUUAAAUGAGAAUAAGAUUUUUAAUGCAAGGAUUUUAUGGCAGGGGCCAGUUUCAGUUCAUAGAAAUGCUGCAUAUUUUUGAGAUUUGGUCACUGGCUUUACUUAACCCAGAUCCCAAAUCUCUCUCAGGUAGUUUACCAGACUCAGCAAAAGUCUGAUGUACUUGUGACCUAAAUUAUCACAUAUAUUUAAUGAAGGACGUUUGUCUAUAAAAUGAGAAAUUAGUUUGUGUGUUUCAAUGGCUCAAUAAAUACCCUAU